UUUUUGUAUAAUUAAUUUUAGGAAACAUAUGUGAGAAUUGAGCGUGAUCUUGUCGUGAGAUUUGCAGAGCAAGCUAAAGCAGCUGGUAUACCUCACUUCAGUUUAUUGACCUCCUAUGGAUCAAACCCAAACAGUUUCUUCCUGUUCAUGAAAACUAAAGGACAAGUUGAAGAAGCAGUUCGCCAACUGAACUUUUCUUAUACAACAAUAUUGAGACUGGUCUUAAUUGGCAGAGGAGAAGUCCCAUCCUCACUCCCUUUACAAUAUUAACGAGGCAGUAUACACUACCUGGAUCAAUACUAAUGUCAAAGAGACCUCUCUUCCCUCACUGCCACCUCCCAUCCUUCAUCCUUCAGAAUCCAUUUACAUGUACUUGUAUGUGUGCACAAAAACUGUGUCAGAAAGUGACCAAAAAUUUGCCAACUCUAUUGAUACAGCAACAUUAGGUACUGUCAACCUCAAGCAUUAUACAGUUGAAGAAGCAGUUCGCCAACUGAACUUUUUUUAUACAACAAUAUUGAGACCGGUCUUAAUUGGCAGAGGAGAAGAUAGGAGACUGGCUGAGAAAAUUGCUGGUAUAUUCAUUAAAGCAUUGCCAGUGGAGACUCUUGCUCAAGCAAUGGCUAUAGAUGCUUACCAGUAUAAGGGAAGCUCUUCUGGAGCCACAGCAACUGAUAAUGUAGUCAUAAUGACUAAUUCAGAUAUAUACAGGACCGCUCAAGUAAUACUGUAUCUUAAUGAUACACUGUUUAUAGUGUGA